CAGCCGCAUCGGGUUACUCAAGAGAAUCCCCUCCAGUGCGUUUCAUAAUUAGGUUGUGUAAGGACCAAAGUUGACGUAUGAGGACUUAGGAAGCCGGCGGGCUACAAAUGCAGUUCCUCGCCGACUGAAAACAUUGAUUACAGCACACAGACAGUGAAAUAACCAUGAAAACGAACAGGGUCAAAGUAAUUGCAAGUCAAGUGAUUUCAGCUGAACUUGUGGUGGGACUACUACUCACCAUCGUGUAUCGAAUGUUUUCCAGUGUGGCGUUUUCUUCUGAGGGGGAGAGUGUCAGUGAUGGUGGUGCUCGGCUUCAAGUAACGCGCUCACUCGUGUGUGUGUGGUUUGCGAGUAAUGUGAAGUUCAUUUUCUUCAAAAGCAACAACCAUCCACUUUCUCUUUCUGCACAUUCUGUCUCAAGACUUGUAGCUUUCCUUGCAUUGUUAGGAGCUUGUAGUGAGGGACACAUUGAGGGAAGUAAACACAAAUAUUUUCCCAUGUUGGACAUGGCGGUAUUCUCAUUCUUUUUUCUAAGCAGCUUGACACUUUUGUUCUUGGAUCACUAUCAGUUUAAAGGCUCUUUGAUACAAUCUGAUCUAUUCACUAAGCCCCAGAAGUUUUUCCUUCAAAUUGAUUUUUUUGCCAACUUCAUUUUUGGCCUGAUGUGGUUGGUUUUUCCAGGAUGGCUGCUUGGGUCACAGAUCAGUGGAUCUGAGGAUAAUCUUCAUCUCACACAUGCUUUUGGAGCCAUGAUGGUUGGAGACAGCUUUGUGUCUUUUACAAUUCAGAAGGGAAUGAGAACAGAUGAGGCAUCUGUCUUCAGCAGCCGUGCUAUUGUGACUUUGGCGCUUGUCAUCUUCAUGAUCCACACCCAGCUCACCACAUCUGCAUGGAAAACCCCACAACUCUGUUUGUGCCUGAUAGGGGUCAGCCUCUGGGCUGGUAACUCUAUUCUUGGCUACCUAAGCUCCAAUGAAUUCAGCACAGAGUCUGCAAAUGAUAUAUAUUGCCGUGCUUUGCAGAGAAAGAACGGAAGACAUUAUGUACACUAGUUGUUUUGGCUUGCAUUUAAUGCCUUGUGAUGUUUACAACAGUUACCUUGACAAACUAUUUAUACUGUACAUAUAUUGUAUUAUUGUAAAUAAGAUAUUGAUUAAUUUCUUUGUAAAUAUAAUCCUUUAUAUUUUUCA